AUGGUUGCUUUAGAGGAGUUCUUGGCUGGAUUUACAGAGAGCCUCGAGCAGGCUGGCAAACGACGUGAAAUCGUGCAGCUGCUGCAGCGCCGAGAUGUAAGGACGGAGGAGGCCGAGGCCAACAGAGUCCAGGCUUCCGGGCUCUUGGAGGAUGGGGCCCUCAAGGGUCAUCCUGUGUUGGAGUUCAAAGUUCGGCGAUCUCUGGGCUUGCCUAUGACGGUCCAGUGGACCAUCGACCAGGGAUUCGGGUCUUCGUGA